AUGGCACAUUUACCUAUCCGUUAUACUAAAAUAAAUCCUAAGUUUCUUGACACUUUCGCAGCUGACGUUGCACACAUAUAUAUACACAUAACUUUAGUUAUCAAAUAUUAAGUAAAUAAGUAAAAAUACCUAUUCAAAAUAAUAAAAACGUUUGAUUAUUAAGCCUUAAGAUUUAUAUAAUUUUUAGAAUUUCUAGUUUACACUUUCUUAAGACGCGUAAUUUUUUUGUUCAGGUAAACUAACCCUUGGAUCGAGUCGGGAUGCGGAUAUUUCUGUCGUUGGUACCGGCGUCGAGUCCAUUCAUUGCACGAUUGAAAACAAUAACGGCGUGGUCACUCUUCACCCCAUAAAUGGAAGCACGGCAGUCGAUGGUGUACCGAUAAAUUCAUCAGUGAGACUCGCUCAAGGUUGUAUGCUCUCGAUUGGUAGAUCCAACUUCCUGCGGUUUAAUCACCCGGCCGAGGCGAAACAACUACGAUCGGUACUACCACACUCGAGAAUCUCCAUGGCGCCUAUAAGCUUCUCACUACCGGAGAACAACCAGCUCCAGGAGAACUAUCAUUUGGAAAGAAAGCCACCAGUCGCCCCACGAAAGUCACCAAGGAAUUCCUGCUCGGACGAGGAAAUGGGCUUCCUCGGGAAACUGACGAAAUUCGAAAUGCUAUCGAAGCAAAACAGAAACAACUGCGUCUCUCCCAAGGUCUUUCCAGCGGGUGCCAUCACCACGAACGUGCCCGCCGAUCAAAUCCUCGGUCACUCGAGAUCAUCCAGCCUAGUCUCCUUGAAAAAUGCCAACAACAAUUCACCGUUGCAGAACUUAACGAACCUGGACAGAAGUCGUUCAAACACACCAUCCUUUAAUUCAUCUUCACCCGCCCAUUUCCUCGGCACGUCAUCUCCGAGCAGCUGUUUCGCCUCCUCCUCGCCCAACUGCUGCAGCGACGAGAAUCAUCAGAGAUUGGAGGUCAGAACGCCCAGUCGAUCUAGCACGCCUAAUCAUCAGCAGCGAAGCGUUUCACCGUCCAGCCACAAUCAGAUUCAGAUGUACUCGUCCGCGGAAUCAUACCUAAAAACCUACAAGCCGUACUACAGAGACAACAACAACGAGAACAGCCAGAAUCCCCACGGUCAGACGACAACGAAGAACAACGUCAAUCAGGGAGGAGAUCUAAUGUCGCGAAGCUUCACCUGUCAAAGAUCGAACGAUCUCGACGACUUGACGACAACGAGGGACUACGACAUGAGUCAAAGUUUAAUCGUCACCAAGACCACCACGACCGAGUAUCUUCAGUUGGAAAAAUUCGGCUCGAAUCCUAACAUCUGCAACGGCAAUGGGAGCUUCUGCGCUGGAAACUUGAGGAACGUGGCCGGGGCUCAAGGUUUCGGCUCGAGCCCGAACGUGAAGAGGAUACAGCCGCCUAGCCCGGCGUUCAAUCGCAAUCCGAAGUACAACGAACCGAAGAGAGGCUUCGCACGAGUGAAGAGUCCAACACCUAGCAUCGGGAGCGGUUGCUCGCUGGAGGAACUGCGGGAGAGACAGAUCGAGGCGGAGAACAAGCGGCGAGAAGCGGAGAACAAGAGGAAACAGGCGCAGGAGGAGAGGCUGCGCGAGCAGGAGAUCGAGAGGCAAGAGAAAAUGAGACUCGAGGAGAUCCUCGCUAUGUGCGCCGAGUACGAGAGGCAGAGCACCAUCGAAAAGCCGAGGCAACCUAAUAGAAUCAAGACGAACGGCUCUCUGCCACGAGACAAGCGACUCGGCUAUAAUUCACCAUUCGACAGUCCGAAGAGUCCAUCGAAAAACCAACCGUACUUUUCUUUCGACGCCUCGAGGCAAUCGAGUUCAGCUUCGUACGAGAACGUGUGCGUGCAAAAUUCAAAAAUCAUAUUCCAAAACGGCAACACGCCGAACAAUAAUCGGAAUCAGACAACGAAUCACGCGAACAAUCAAACAACGAGCAUGCAGCAGGAUCAUUCGCAAUCGAUCACGCCGAACAACAACAACAACAACAACAAUAAUCAAUCGACGAUGUGGCCAAACAUUCUUGGCAACGGGGACCACAGUUUCUCCGGCUCGAUCUCGCAAGUUCGUAACUCGAGUUACGACAACACGACGAUCGACGGAUCGAUGUUCAACAAUAACGGGGCGAAUUACUCGCCGAUGGUCGACAGAACGAGAGAAACUUACGGAACGAUUCAAUUGAACGGGACGAGGAUCAACGGGCAAUCGAGCAAGCAUUCGCGAAACUACGACAAUUCGAUGAACGGGAACAUGAGCCUGUACGAGAACGUGAUGGUUAAUUCUGUACAGAAUAACAAUCAAAAUAAUCAUUCCAUGCCAAAGAAGAACGGCCAGCUGUCGAACUCGUGCGAAAUGAUCGAGAACAAGCUGGCGAUAUCGAACGACGACCUUCUAGAGGCUAUUGAGCAGCUUACUAUGCUUUCGAAAUCCAAAGAGAUAUGCACGAUCCCGAAGAAGAACAACUUGGAGAAGGACAACGCGAAAUCAAACGAGGCUAAAGCUGAUAAAGAAAGAAAGGAGCUCGAACAGGAGGAUAGGAAAAAGUACAUAGAAUUCCUUCAAAACGAGAAGCUGCAUAUCCUUGGCAAUAUGGACGUGUUGAAGAGGAGCGUGGCGGAUAUUGAGAUCCAGGAAGAGGAGAUUAGCAGGGAGCUUGAAUUAGAGAAAGCGCUGCUAUCUGCGGAGUACGAGUCGGAAUCGUUGAAACUCAGUCAGGACGAGGGUGAAAAGAUAAAGGUGCAGAUGCGGAUAAACGAAUUAGAGAGGCAGAUGGCCGAGGAUAACACGAGCCAGGCGAAUUUGCAAGCGGAAGCGAAACAGAAAGUGCAAAGAGCUCAGCAAGCUUGCUGCCGUUUGGAGGAGGAACUGGCGAAUUGCAUGGACGAAACCGUGCAACAGGAUAUUAGCAAGAAGCUUAUGGCUCAACAAGACAUUCUCGAGUCGGAGAGGAAGACUUUCGAGGAUUUGGAGUUUCAUCAUUUGGAAGAGGAAGCGAGCAAACUGGCGACCAGGGAAGAAUUACAGAGAUACUUGAGCGAAUUGACGAGCAAGAUAGAGACCAGGAAGGUUCGAUUGAGCCACUUGGAGGCGCAGAGAUCCGAAGCAAAAAGCACGGCGACUAAAGAUGCAAGAAGCCUCGAACGACAGAAACUAACGCAUUUGAAACGGUUGGAAGAAGGUCGAAACCGAGUUAGAGCGAUUAACGAUGAACUGAUAAAGUUGGCGCAAAAUUCUUGCGAGAACGGCGACGAGAAACGAUCUCCGAGCAGGGAAGACUUCGACAGGAUCUCCAGGGUCACUACUGACUCUCCCAUUGUAAAUAAUCAGGGCAGCUUGGGAAGGAAGACCAUCGAGUCCCUCAAAGAAAUUGAGAGAAAUCGACAGCUUCAUUUAGCGAAACAAGGCAGCCAAGUAAUUUCGGAAGAAAGACGAAGAGUGGAGGAACUGAAACGAAGAGUACAAGACGAGGUUCGAUCGCAAUGGGAAGAAAGAAAGAUGAACUGUACGUCUUUCAACAGUGUUGAAUCAGGCGAAGAAUCCUCUAGCUAUUCAACGGGGCCAACAGAAAGAAUGGUUGAUAAUGAAUGAUAAAUCAUACGAGCCUUCAGCUUUUUCUAAUAAAAGAAUUCGUUGCGUUAAAAUUCUGAAAUCGUUGCCAGAACGUGAUCGAACUGGGAUUGGAGCGUUACUCGUAAUGUAAAUACGUACAAUCUAUACUAAAUGGAAUAAUAUUUAAUCGAGCCAAGAACGUAUCGAUAGUGUGGAUCGAGCCUUAUAGGAAAUCCCACCUUAAGAUAGCUGCUAAAAGGGAGAAUCUUGGCGAACAGAUUCAAAAAUAUAUAUUACAGAAUGAAGGAUUCUGCGUGAAUAUUAAACAUAGAAUUCUAAGUGACGAACUUUAAACAUAAGUUUUGUGAAUGAAUUAGACUUUUAGAUUUCGAGGAUCUAAAACACGUGCAUCGAACAUGACUUUUUGAAGAGCAAUAAAACCACUAAAAGUUGAAAACUUUGAUCGUAUAACUUUUGGAACAAAAAUCGUGAAAUUGAGAGAAUGAAACUGAUCGAUGCAGCUUGCAUAAGCUGGGUCGCGGAGUAGCUGUGUUUUUGAUAAUGAAGAAAUCGUGGUACUUUAAUCGCCGUUACGAUAGAAAAACUCGAAAUUCUACUCGAGCGAUAAGAUAAACACGAACGAAUCCUGUUAGAUUUCACGGAUAUAUCUGCCGAGGGGGAAAUUAGUGAAAUAUGUUUCAUGCUUCGAGAGUUUUCUUGAACGCGAAACGAAGAAACAAAUCCACGGGGGAUAGAGUUUCGCGGUACCGAAUGAAAUCGAAGUUGCAAGUGCAAUUGGAAUAACGUUUAUUGAAGAAAACCGAUGCAUCGUUAUACUGCAAGAUCAUAACGAAGCAAGAAACAUCGCGACGAUACGAGCGUAAUAAGCCAUGCGAUAUAAAGAUUGAUUUAUUUGAUAGAUUGUACUCGUAAAAGUGUCUUGGCUGGCUUUGAGAUUUAUCGUGUGGAAGAACAGAAUCGAGUAGAAAGUCCAGGGGAUCGAUCGAUGACCUAAAGAAAUCGUCAGUGAUAAAUGAAGAAACUGUAUGGAAAAUGAAACGAUGUAAACACGAAUACAGUGAGCUUUAAUAGGCUGUUCUUUAAAACGUUAUUCUUUUUUAUCUGUGACGAUUAUUAUUGGCUUCUGAAGUACAGAUUAAAUCAGCAGAUUGUGAUAAGAGAGAAAGUUACAACUCCUUUUUUUUAUAUAAACAAACGGAACUGUGAUAAUAGACUGUGUGUUAUAUAAAAGACGAUAAAAGUGAAAGUGUUUGAUUAUUCUUUGAGAAACAUUACCGUGAAAUAUAAAUAUAGUGACAUAAUCAUAAAAUUAUUUUAUAUUAUACUAUACUUGUCAGAAACCAGUUACGGGAAUUACAAAUGCAUCAUUGCUCGAUAAUCACAACAUUUACUUAUUAUGCUAUAUAAUAAGAACCUAAAUAUGCAAAGUUAAAAUAAAAACAAAGAUUACGUUGUAAUUAUAUAUUAUUCAGCGAAGAAAAUUUUCUCAAAGCUCCAACAUACGUAUACACGUAACAACAUAACGUGUAGAUAUUAUCUACCUCACGAAACUGUAUCACACGCUGAUGCAUGCAUUUUUCGAAGGAGUAGAAACACAAUCAGGGGGAUCCAUUAAGAUAGAAAGCGGGGAGAAACGAAACGAAAUAUUUAUCGUUGAAAAACAUGGUAUCGUCAACGAUGACAAGAAAUUGACAAUGACAGAGAUGACGCAGUUGAAAAUUCGCUAGGGGUCGAAGGAGUUGAAGGAUUUUCUUAAGGAUAAUGCACGGUGAUCGCAUGUAUUGAACGGAAGGGUGCGAAGGGAGGAGAAUGCACGAGAAUGAACGCAAGGGAAGUGGGUGCGUCUGUUUUUAACGAGGCUAGGCUCAGAGGGUGCAGCUUGAUCACUUUCCUCACUAGCAAUCGCCUUUAUAUUGCUAGCAAGGAUUGGCUUUACGAAAAUUGUUACCGACCCCUGGAAACGCGAUCACGCGAGUUUCGCCAUCGGUACUUUGGCAGUGGAAGCAGCGACAGUGCAGAGGGUGGAACCAGCGAGAAAUUGUCUCCUAGUAAACUUUCGGAACUUACGUCAUCCAGUCCAGGACCUUCGAAUAAUUCCUACAGUCUGCUUCAAAAUGAUAACAUGAGAGACGACCGAAGGACAUCAAUGGAAGGCGAGAGACUUAGCAACAACAGCGGAGGAAUAAUCGACGGAAACGGAAGUCGUCCUCUUUCACAAACCUCCAGCGAAAUGGACACUCUCGGACCAUUGCAACCGGUCAAACAUCGUGAAAAGGCAAAACUGCAGAGGCCGCUCACGAGAUACCUUCCCAUCAAGUCGGAGUCGCUGGACCUGAGGCAUCAUAUUGAAACUGCCGGGCACCAGUUACCUCUGAUACACGAUGUCACGGUCGAUACGACCAGUUGCAGUGGUUACUUGUCAAAAAUGAGCAAGAAGUUCCAUCACUGGAACAAACGGUGGUUCGUCUUUGAUCGGAAGAGGAAGACGUUGUCGUAUUACAGCGACAGCUCGUCCAGAAAGGCGCGAGGGGUGAUAUAUUUUCAGUCGAUCGAAGAAGUCUACGUGGACCACAUGAAUACCGUACGAUCGCCGCAGCCAUCACUGACUUUCAUCAUCAAAACGUCGUCUAGACUGUAUCAUUUAAUGGCCCCGAGUCCAGAGGCAAUGAGAGUUUGGGUGGACGUUGUGUUCACUGGCGCCGAGGGAUAUCAUGAAUUCGAUCAUGGUAUCUGAUAGAUCAGCCAUUCUCACAUUUCUGGUCGAAGAGAUUCGUUUUACUCUCGAGGAUCGUACGAUAACAUGAUUCCUCGCCUGUAGCCUGCAGGUUCAGAAAACGAGCUUCGUGAUCGUUCAAAGAUACGAGUUUGUCACGAAUCGAACACUACAACCGCCUACACUUUGAAACUGGAUUUGACUUGCCCGUCAAAGACACAAAGGUCUUUUGAAUUUUACGAUGGAAAAUGAUGGUUAUAUCGAUGCUAGAUCCACUCAAUUAGAUAACUGUACAUAAGAAUAAAUCCAAAGAAAAUUGCUAGAAACAAAAACAAAUAUAAAACUUAGCAUGAAAUUCUGAUGUAUUGGAUCCAAUGAUGAUAAAGAUGGAUAAAUUGAUGACACGAUUUACGUUUUAUAUCAAUACCAAAUUAAUUCAGUUAGACAACUGUAAAUCCAAAUAAUCAUUGCAAAAAUUACCGAAAACAAAAGCGAAUAUCGUAGAUAAUGAUAGAAACUCUAAUGUUUUGGUAUAACAAUAAUGAUAAAUUGAUGGAUGAUUUAUGUGAUCUGCUUGAUUCGAUAGGAAAAUUUUGUAUCGAUGAUGGAAAUAAUUUGUUUUACUUAAGGAUGAGAAUAUUGUAUGUCAUAUUACUCAUUGAAGUGCAGGCUGAUCACGACUUGAUGCUAUUUGAACAAAGUGGUUGAAUUUUAUAGAAUUUACUGUUAAACUUUGUAGACAUUAUUAAUCUAGUCUUCCAGCAUAGCUACUUUCACGAAUAAUAAUGAGUUAAUGUCCCAACGUUUGAUGAAGAAAAUCUUCGACGAUUGUUGAACGUAUAUUGUGGAAUAUAUGAAGAGACAAAGUCCCUAAAAAAGUAAAUGUAUAUAAAUAUGCUCCAUUUUAUAUUUUACAAUUACACUUUGAUGAUUUAAAUAAGUAUCUUGAUAUUGCUUAAUGCCAAGGAUUAUAUGAAAUAAAAUCUUCUAUACUCUGUGUAUUACCCAAAGGAACUUCUAGAACACACAAUAUAUAAUGAUUUUUCACGAUUCUCAUAUUUACAUAUUGAUCUUUCAAUUCUAGAAUGAUUGUAGAACUUUUACAUGUCCCUCGUUAAAUAACAAAGUUAUUACAAUCCUUAGAUAUUAAUUUUCGUUAGCACAAUAAUAAACGCACCAUUCGUAAUCACACAAAUUAUGAAAUAUUCCUCCACAUGUGUAAUGUUCGUCUUUAUGAGAAAUAACUCUUUUAAUCAAAGAAUAAGUCUGAAUUUUGAUUAAUGUUUAAAAGCUGAAAGAGCUUAUAAAUAUAACAAGGUUUGUCGAAAUUGAAAAAUGUGUUCACGACCGAUUUUAAUCAACUGCCUUAUAUUAUAAUUCGAGGAAUAUCUGUAGUUGGUGUACAAAUUGUCGAAUAUCCCAUAGAACUGACACAGUUACAUAUAUAUAAAUAACCAUUCAAGCACAAAAAAAUCGCAAUCGAUCGAAAUAUUUUAUGAAAGUUUCGAAUCAUUUUACUUCGUUUGCUGGAAUUAUUUGGCUGUUGGAAUUAUUACAUCUUUACAAUUUAAUUGAAUCUUUGUUAAAAAUUAUAUCGUUAGAUUAAAGUAAAUUAUAUUAUGUACUGUGCGUAUGGUAUUUUUGGAUACAUUUACAAAAGAUAUUAAAAAGCUCUUUAUUAAUGAACUAUUCAGCUUAUAACGAAUGUAUAAAUAUCUAAAUAUUUUAGGGAUAAGUGUCUUGUAUAAUAAAACAAAA